AUGGGAGCUAAGCAAUCGAGCAAUAAUGGUCGAGGGAACUCAAGAAAUGUCGCUAAUGGUGGCGCGAUGGCCGCUGCCGGUCUUCCUGAGGGUUCAAGAGUUGUAGCGCUCGAUCCGAGAAUUAGGACUCGUUCAUUACACAAUGUGGGACCAUCUUUAGCUAUACCGGGUCACCCAUCUUCGUUUCAGGAGUCUGAUUUGUCUUCGUCGCCUGAAGAUAGUUCUCCUUCGCCGCGAGGAAUUUUAUUACAAGGGGCUCAUUCUCUUCCUUCACAUUUAUUCGCGACAUACACGUCGUUUUUAAACGGUAAGAUAAGAUCGAUUAUCUUUAACUCCCUCGUUGGGAUCAGCCUUUGUGUGUCACAGACGAUCAGGCUCUCGUUCUUGAAGCGUUGUUGUGCCUUUUAUUGUGAUCUUUUGAUUCUUUUUCUUGAUGCUAUAAGCUUACUUUUUUUCAUGUUAUUUUGCAGGAGUGAAAUGCCCCGUCUGUUCAAAAAUAGUUUUGCCUGAUGAUAUUGAACUCCAUUUGGUCAUCUGCCUCACCAAACCCCGAAUUUCUUAUAACGGUAGGGUUUGUUAAUCUCUUUUAACUUCUUAAUUAUCUAGUUUACGAAUUUUCGAACGAUCCCAGCCUGCUUACAACUUAACUUGUUGUCGUGCUCUAGAAAAAUAAUUAAAAUCAGGGGUUAAAAUACAUAGCAACAAAUUUUCGUGCGUAAUGGAAAUUAUCAGUGGGUCGGCGUUAAUUAUUUUAAUUUUCUUGUUGGUUUGGAGACAAUUUUGCUUUAGAAUAUCAUGCAAGAAGACGCACAUCUCUUCUUUUCUUAUUAGGAAAUAAUUGAAACUUUCAAUUUCGGUACGAUUUAUAUUGGAUUCAUUUCGACCUGAACAUUGAAAUGACUGCCUGCGAUGACAGAAUGAUGUACGAAAAUGACUGUAAUAUAAUGAUUCGUUCUCGACGAAAUAGGGCUUUUUAAAGCAAUUUGAGCGCUGUUUUUAUGAUAGAGGAGAAAGAGAGCUUAUUUUUGAAGAUCAAAAUCACCAUUCUAUCCUACAUGUAUUUCAAUGAGUUUACGGAUUUCUAAGGUUUUAAACUAAGGCAAGCAAGUAAAGGCAAGCAAUUGGACUCUCCACACUACUUCUUGACUAAAGAUAAAACUUGCACUUUAGCUUGUAAACCCAAAACGUAGCAGGUUAAUAAAACGUGCAAUAUUUUCCUUACAAAACUUAACAUUCUUGAUGAGAAAGAUUUAUUAGGGUCAAUUUUCUGGUCACUUCUUGUUGUGGUUUCCUUUUGUCAUGAAGCUUUCAAAGUGAUAAACAGCUGUGGUCACUUUUUGAACAAACCGAAAAUUUAUGGAAAAUCUCCGGUUUCAUUUAUAAAAUCGUGAAAAAGAAAUGGUAGAAAUUUUGGAAAAACUUGAAUUAUUUACGGCAGGGAUAAAGAGUUAACUGUGUGAUCCCCAAAUUGCAAAAGACAAAGCACUAAGAAAAAGGACUUUUAAUAAUUUCAUGAAAAUUCAAUGUAACCCACAUGGUGGUCUUCUGAUUGCUUGUAUAUUAUUAGCCUGCGAUCUGCCAAUAGAAGAUAGAUGUUACUAAAACACGGAAUAGGGAGCAGCGAAGGAGCACAGGGAACAAGAAAAUAAAAAAUGGGAGCAAAACCUAACUUGAACACUAGCCCUAUCAUCCAAGUCUUUGCUUUGUUCUCAUUUUCUAUUUUCUCGUCCCCCGUGCUGUUUCCCUCUUCCCUGUUUUCGUAACAUCCUUUAAAGAUAAGAUUUCAGGUCCUACUGGACUGCGUGGUGUUUGAACACAACUUAACCAAUUCCUUUAGUUAACACACUCUGUGGCUGAAGUGAUGUUUUCUUGUUUUUCUGGCUGAUUAUGAUAUUGAAUGGAAACUCUAGCUGUUAUUACUCCAUCACAGGAUUAAGCUUAUGCUAGUUUUUCCAAGAAACAAUUAUUGAGCAUAGUUGUGUUUUGAUUUUCCUGAGUGCAAAAAUAUCUGGAGCAGACGUUUUUUUUUGCGCCACGAUGACAGGUUGACCAGGUGUUUAUUUUUGUGGCUUAUGCCUUUUUUCCCUUUCUUCUAAAAACAACAACAAAAAAUAAUAUAAAUAAAAAAUCCCUGAUUGCAAGUUAGGAUAUUAUUAACUUUUUCACUCUUAGACCAAGUUAUGGCCAGAUGGUUUGUCACUAAAACUUAAUUUAGGGCUGUGGACAAAAUUCUGUGAUUUUAGCAUUCAACUUCUUUGGUCAAACUUUUUUCCUGGCAGGUUAAUGUCUUUGAUUUUUACAAGAAACAAUUUGGAAUUUUUUAGAAUGGUAUUUUUACUGGCCACUAAAAAGCAAGGCCAACUGAAGCACUUUUAGACCUGAACUGGAUGAUUAAUCUAUCAACCAGAAGGCAAAUGUAAUGCUGUCUUUUUAUGCAUAAUUUUAUUAAUGACAGUGAAAGAAAGAGUAUGAUUACCCAAGGUUUAGACUAUCACAACCAUAACACCAACUCCAAGGAAACUAUUUGAACUAUUAGAUCAAACAGUAACUGGGGAUUUAAUAGUGCCUUGACAGACUGGAAUUCCCUCACAGCAGAGAUGAGAUGUCUACCUUACAACACUUUUAGAAUAUCAUGACUUAUCAUAAAAAAUUUUAAAUCUCAACAGAAGGUUCCACGGUUUUUUUUGUUCCAGUUUUCUUAAGUGUAAAAUUUUCUUUGUUCCUUUGGUUUUGAAUGUUAGGUUUUUGUCAUUUUAGUCCUAUAUUUUAGCAAUUUUACAUUUUACAUUCAGUGCCCUCCUGAGAUGUAUGACAUAGGCCAUCUGUAAAAAGACCUCUUUUUCCUGUAUGAUUUACAUGUAUUGACGUUGCUGGAAGUUCUAAUUUGUUUUUUAUCUUCAACUGCAUGACCUCCAACUUUUCCACUGUGCAUUCUAGUUUUUUCAGAGAAUCAAUACUAUCGUCUUUGCUAAAUUAAAUAAGCCCUUUUCUCUAUUAUAAGCCCCCUACCUCAAAUGUGCAUCAAAUAAAUAAGCCCCCUGGGUGUGUUAUAGAGGAUUUACAGUAUUAUUAUGAGAAAUUUGACUCUGAACUCUAAUAAUAUGGGAGGUAAACAAUUUUUUAGGGGGUAAUGAAAACAGAAACUACCUGCAGGAAAUAUUAUUCAUUCAAAAAAGCAAAAUAAUAAUAGUUAUAAACUGAAGGACCACAGUUGUUAAUGGUCCAAACAAUAGACAAAUUAAAAAGUCCAACUCCUCAAAAGAAGUGGCAGACAUUGAAGUGACGUAUUAAAACUUUGAAAUUGAAGCUUUUCAGGAAAUAAAGGUUACUAUCAGUAUUUAGCCUGAACUCAGGACAUCUGAACGUAGAUCUAUGUUUAAAUUUGUGCUCAUACUUACAGACCCACAGAAAACUAGAAGUGAAAUUGAAAAUGGAAAGCCCACAUGUCGAUAAAAGUAAAAUGCCAGUGUUGGUGAAAGAAAAAAAAUCUGAAAACUGUUAAUGGCAUACAAAAUAAUGGACUAGAUUUUCUGAGAAAAAGCCAAAAUAUUAUCAUAACCUGAUUAAUUUUCACUAAAUGCUGAUAGGAAGAACCAAAGAGAUUUGUAUAUCAGUGAUGUUGUGUCUUCCUUUCAAAGAAAUAAAGCAAAAUAGACUGAUUGUGCAGCUGUUGCUGUAACAAUGUGUUGAUUACUUGUACCGUGUAAUUUGGCACACUUAAAAUCAAACUCUUUUCUAAAUAUGGGCAUAAAAUUGAACUCUAAAGUAAGACCCUCAGACAGGAAUUAAGGAACAUGGUUUUUAGCAUGAGCACAUGUAAGCAACUGUAGGCCUUUGUUUGUAGUGUUACAGGUGUGAUGGGCCUCAUUGGCUUUUGAGAAAGUCUUCUUUUUUACAUACUGAAAGUUAUAUAAAUGACAAUAUAGAGCACAUUUGGUGCAGGGUCAGGGUUGGAAUUUUAGGCAUGGUGAAUACAUGACAAAGUUGUUUUUUCAGUCAGUGAUCUAGAUGGCUCAGACGAAAAAAUCUGAGUUCUCCCAACAGGAGCUAAAACCUAUGACCUUAAAGUAUAGUGUAGUAGGAGUUGUGUUGUUGGCGUGCAGUCCUUCAAACUACAUUAUUUCAUUUCCAAUACAAUGUAAAUGCAAAGGUUUAAAGGUUUAAAGGCUUGUUUAUAGUGGAAAACUUGUGCUCUUAGCUAGCUUCUCCAGCUAGUUUACAGGCGCUCAAAUACUUAGACACAAAUAAUUCAAAUACAACAUAACAGGAUUAAAACCCCAACUGGCAACCAGUAGGCUAUUUACAAGCAUGGCUGACGAUUUGAACUCGGGAUGACCGACAACAAAUCUUGCAAGUCACCAGAGCGGGACUUGAACCUGGGACUGCUGGAUUGCAAGUCUGGCAUGCUGACCACUCGGCCACGCUGCCUCUUUAAGAGUUCUUUAUAUUUUUUAUCGGUAGCUGAUGGUGUGCUCAUAUUUUUACUCCCCCCUCUCCAUGAGAGCUCCAUUUUACAGGUAUUUAAAUCAAAGCUACACAGGGAGUAAAGAAGUCGAAAGAAGGGUUUGAGGUCACACAUGGGAAUCAAAUUCUUAACCUCUCACACAGAAGGCUGCCCACUAACCAACUUUGCAAAUCCUUCCUCCUCCCUAAAUUAAUAGUAAAGAAGUGAACUGAACCAUAUCCCAUGUUUCUUUUCAGAGGAUGUACUGGAACAGGAGAAUGGAGAAUGUGUUAUAUGUCUGGAAGACUUGAAUAUAGGUACAUGUACAUGGAAAUGGCAGUCAUCUUAUGGUUAUUUUAGUUGUUAUACUACUACAUGAGAAUUUUCUGCAAUUUGAUUUGCUUAGAGCAGUGGUAUUCAGCUUAAUUUGAAAUACCUACAUGUGAAAAGUACAAACCUUUUGCAUCUAGUAGUAUAAACAAAUAAUAGCAUGAUUUGUACGUGAUAUUUGACAUAAAUACCACUCAUGAUAUUUCAAAAUUGUCACAAAUUUCACUCGUGGUAUUUAUACCAAAUAUCACUACAAAUCAUGCUAUUACCUAUACUUAUUGUUGAAAGCAUGCAUGACAUGACCACAUAGCAAUGGCUAAUUUCUUUAAAAAAAUUUCUCAAACUCAGCAGCCAUGUAUAUUGCAGCAACUCUUCUGUCAUAAAAUCACCAAGUUAGGAUGUUUUAUACUAUUUCACGGCACUGACAAAAAUAAUGCAAAAGUUACGACAGACAAAGGAUUUGUAGCUGCCCACAUGCCCUUGCAGUCUUAUCGCAGAGGCUUGGAGCCAACAAUAUAAUUAAUAAUAAAGUAGGUGUAAUAAAGGUUUCAUCUGUCACGACUGAACAAAAACUUGCUUUAUUACAGUGUACAGCUGGUUGGUUUUGAACAACUUAAAAGUUUGGGCAAAAAUUAAAUAAGGCAAAUCGUCUUCCGUUUAAAUUACCCAAGAUUUUAAGGUGUAAGUUAUGUACAGGGAAAGUGUAGUAUGAGUGGUUCAAAAGUAACUAGAGGAUAUUACAUUGCCGCGUGGGGAUACGAAAUUUCUCUUAGAGUGUUGAAAAAUAUUUCAUGAGUGAGCGCAGCGAACGAGUGAAAUAUGGUUUUCAACAAGAGAAGAGAAAUUUCAUAUCUCCAAGUGACCAUGUAAUGUUCUAUUUAUUAUGUAAACACCAAUGAAAUGCUGAACUAUUUUAUUUAAAUAGUUUUUUGGUCGGAAAGGUAUAGUUUGUUAUGAAGCCAUAGCAACGGUGAUAUUUUCACAUGUGAAGAUAUUGUGAAGAUAUCAAGUUUUCGUGAGAAAGCUCACUUGGUAUUUCAUUGGUGUUUAUAUAAUAAAAGGAAAUUGUAUAUCUCCAAAAAGGUGUAGAUAGAUGAUUGUGAAAAUUGAAGACCACACUAAAAACUUAAAAAUUAUUUUAUGUAUAUUUAGAGUCAUUCAACUUACUUGUAGUCUUGAGGAAUUCACAUGUUUUAUGCAUGUCGUUAGUAAUAAUUCCACACACCAGUUUUAAAUGUCAGUGCAUGGAGUUGAACAGGCUAAGCCAAAUGACCAGUUCUUGGGUGAGAGAGGGUGAUUUUGUCAGGAAUUGAAGUUUAUGUGGGAUAAUACCAAGCAUUUAUUAUCUUGUGUCAUUUUGAUAACAGAUUCUUAGUAGAUGGUAGUGAUCAACUUAAAACAAGUUUUAUUUUUUGACAGGCGACAAAAUAGCAAGAUUACCAUGUUUGUGUAUAUACCACAAGAGGUAUAGUGCCAUUUUAUUUUUUCAUUAAAAGGUCAGUGGGAUUUAAAAUAAAAAAAUUCAGAACUUUCUUAAUGUAAUAAUUGUGUUUUGUAUUGUUUUGUUUUUUCAGGUGUAUCGAUAAUUGGUUCCAAGUAAACAGAUCAUGUCCAGAACAUCCCGCAAACUAG